AUGUGGGAGCUGGAAGUGACAUCCAAAGAGACCAUCACCCCUUCAUCCCCAACUCCUCCUCAUCUCCGCACCCACAAGCUCUGCUGGAUCGAUCGAUGCGUUAAAGUGCUUCACUUUCCCUUCGUCCUCUUUUAUCAAAACCCUGCCGGCGCUCACUCCCUCCCCACUCUCAAAACCUCUUUAUCUCGCACCCUGUCUAUUUUCUACCCUGCCGCCGGAGAACUAGACCCCGACCACACCUUCGUCGACUGCAACGACCGGGGCGCUCACCUUGUCGAAGCCGUGGCCACAACUGAUUCUCCGCUCUCGGAGCUUGUUGCUCGGGGCCUCAGCUGCUGCAGCGUGAACACUCUCCUCCCCUGCAGUAACAACUCCUGCAGAAACAACAGUGGCAACCCUCUCCUCUCCGUCCAGAUAACCACCUUCUUGGCGCCGGAAAUCGCCGUCGCCAUCUGCAUCUCCCACAAAAUCUCUGAUGCCCGCUCCGCCGCUUUCGUCACCGCAUGGGGCCGCCACAGCGACCAGAAGAAGCUCAGCCCCCGCUUCCCGCCUUUAACGCGGCGUCUCUUUACGCCCAAUUUUACAAAAGAGGUACCCGACUAUGGACGGCCCGCGCCAAACCUCAUUAUCAAAGACUUCUCUUUCGACGAGUCGGCAAUCACUAACCUCAGAAAAUCUUCCGUUAUCACCAACCCUACACGUGUUCAGACGGUGAUCGCCCUCUGUGCGAUGCUGCACGAGGGCGAAGGCAGCGACAGGCUGUCGAAGCCGUUGGCGAGAAUCGUGGUCGACAUGCGAGGGAAGGCGGAACCGCCUUUGCCGGACAGCCUGUUCGGCAACAUGGUGUGGCAAGUUGCGACGGCGGUGACGGAGGCCGAGGCCAAAUUGAAGUCGAGGUUCGAAGAGAAGGUGAGCUCGACCAUAAAAAAUAUCGACAGAGAGAGACUGAGAGAGUAUACAGAGACUGACGGGUGGCCGUUGAGGGAGGAGACGGUGAGGGAGAUCGCGGAUGAGGUUGGUGAUGACUGGGACGUGUAUUUUUUCACUAGCUGGACGAGGUUUGGGUUUUACGAGGCAGAUUUUGGGUUUGGGAGGCCCAUCUGGAUGGGGAUCGGUGGGCCCGUGAUGAGGAAUAUGGUUACUUUGACCGGGAUGGAGGCUUGGGUGACGUUGGAGGAGGAGGAUAUGAUUAGGUUUGAGCGGGAUGAAGAGAUCCUCGCUUAUACUUCCUCGUAUGUGUAGUCAACAUUGCCUUCAUACUGGAAUUGGCGGUUUGCUUGAAAUCAUGUGAUGCCUACAUUUUCUGUUGUAUUCUCGAUUUCAUACGUCCUUUGUGAGAGUAGUGUUUCGUUUGUGCCAAGAAUGAAACGUUAGCAAAUUAAUGCUACAACGAUGAAUGAUGCAUGAAAUCGACUUCA